GGAACACUUAACGAACGACUGACUAACUUUGACUUCACUGUGGACUAACAUUAGCUAACUGGCGGUACAACGUUACGGUCUAUGAGACUUGACUUACAGUAAUGGCAAUUUUCCCUGUGAUUUUGAGCUGGACUGCUCAAGUGCUUAUGUUUCUGCUCUUUAUGAUUUUCAUAGCGUUUCUUGGUUACUGCUUGUAUAUUAAACACAUUCACAUGAAAUAUGACCACAUACCUGGGCCUCCGAGAGACAGUUUUCUCUUCGGACAUUCACCAACGCUCUGGAUAAUGAAAAAUGGCGGAGUUGUAUAUGACACAUUGCUGGAAUGGGCCGAGAAACAUGGUUCUGUUUGCAGGAUGAAUAUUCUGCAUUACGUUUUAGUCUGUGUGACCUGUCCAGAGGCGACCAAGGAAAUCCUGAUGUCCCCAAAGUAUCCCAAAGAUAGAUAUCUUCACAGCAGACUCUUCAACCUGUUUGGUCAAAGGUUCCUAGGUAAUGGUCUGGUAACAGUACGGGACCAUGAACUGUGGUAUAAACAGCGCCGGAUCGUGGACCCUGCUUUCAGCAGCUUGUAUUUGAGAGGUCUAAUGGACACUUUCAAUGAGAGGGCAGAGAAGCUGAUGAAUAAACUUACUGAUGUCGCUGAUAACCAAACAGACGCCAACAUGCUCCACCUAGUCAACUGUGUUACCCUUGAUGUUAUUGCUAAGGUUGCAUUUGGUGUGGAUUUAGACCUGUUGAAGAAUAGUUCACCUUUCCCUAAAGCCAUUGAGACAUGCCUGAAAGGUCUGAUAUACUCUGUCAGAGACAUCUUUUUUGAGUUUAAUCCAAAGAACCGACCAUUCAUUAAUGAAGUGAGGGACGCUUGCCGCCUGCUGCGUACAACUGGAGCUCAGUGGAUUAAUGACAGAAAGACUGCCAUGCAAAACGGCGAGGACGUCCCCAAGGACAUCCUCACGCAGAUCAUCAAAACUGCUGUUUUUGAGACUGCUCAAGUGCUUAUGUUUCUGCUCUUUAUGGUUUUCAUAGCGUUUCUUGGUUACUGCUUGUAUAUUAAACACAUUCACAUGAAAUAUGACCACAUACCUGGGCCUCCGAGAGACAGUUUUCUCUUCGGACAUUCACCAACGUUUUUGAGGGUAAUGAAAAAUGGCGGAGUUGUACAUGACACAUUGCUGGAAUGUUUUCUCUUCGGACAUUCACCAACGUUCUUGAGGGUAAUGAAAAAUGGCGGAGUUGUACAUGACACAUUUCUGGAAUGUUUUCUCUUCGGACAUUCACCAACGUUCUUGAGGGUAAUGAAAAAUGGCGGAGUUGUACAUGACACAGUUCUGGAAUGUUUUCUCUUCGGACAUUCACCAACGUUUUUGAGGGUAAUGAAAAAUGGCGGAGUUGUACAUGACACAUUUCUGGAAUGGGCCGAGAAACAUGGUUCUGUUUGCAGGAUGAAUAUUCUGCAUUACGUUUUAGUCUGUGUGACCUGUCCAGAGGCGACCAAGGAAAUCCUGAUGUCCCCAAAGUAUCCCAAAGAUAGAUAUCUUCACAGCAGACUCUUCAACCUGUUUGGUCAAAGGUUCCUAGGUAAUGGUCUGGUAACAGCACAGGACCAUGAACUGUGGUAUAAACAGCGCCGGAUCAUGGACCCUGCUUUCAGCAGCUUGUAUUUGAGAGGUCUAAUGGACACUUUCAAUGAGAGGGCAGAGAAGCUGAUGAAUAAACUUACUGAUGUCGCUGAUAACCAAACAGACGCCAACAUGCUCCACCUAGUCAACUGUGUUACCCUUGAUGUUAUUGCUAAGGUUGCGUUUGGUGUGGAUUUAGACCUGUUGAAGAAUAGUUCACCUUUCCCUAAAGCCAUUGAGACAUGCCUGAAAGGUUUGGUAUACUCUGUCAGAGACAUCUUUUUUGAGUUUAAACCAAAGAACCGACCAUUCAUUAAUGAAGUGAGGGACGCUUGCCGCCUGCUGCGUACAACUGGAGCUCAGUGGAUUAAUGACAGAAAGACUGCCAUGCAAAACGGCGAGGACGUCCCCAAGGACAUCCUCACGCAGAUCAUCAAAACUGCUGGCAAAGAGGAGAGCAUGACUAAAGAAGAUGAAGAGUUAAUGUUGGACAAUUUUGUGACAUUUUUUAUCGCGGGGCAAGAAACAACAGCUAAUCAGCUGGCUUUUUGCAUCAUGGAACUUGCAAGACAUCCUGAUGUACUGGAGAAAGUAAAGAAAGAGGUGGAUGAUGUCAUUGGGAUGAAACAGGACAUUAGUUAUGACGAUCUGCGGGAACUGAGCUACCUCUCACAGGUGCUAAAAGAGACUCUGAGGAUUUACCCGACAGCUCCAGGCACAUCUCGUGAUGUACUGCAAGACAUUGUCAUUGAUGGUAUCCACAUACCUGGAGGAGUCACAUGUUUUUUUAGCAGCUAUCUGACUGGGAGAAUGGAUAAAUUCUUCAAGGACCCGCUGACAUUUGAUCCAGACAGAUUUCACCCAGAUGCUCCCAAGCCCUAUUACUGCUACUUCCCCUUUUCCCUCGGCCAACGCUCAUGCCUGGGACAGAACUUUGCUCAGAUGGAGGCUAAAGUGGUGAUGGCCAAGCUGCUCCAGAGGUUUGACUUCACCCUGCCGGGACAGACCUUUGACAUCCUGGACACUGGCACGCUCAGGCCGAAGAGUGGAGUGGUGUGCUCUGUGAGACACAGGAAUCCCAAGACAUAAAUGGUCAUACAGCACCAUAACAUAAUAAUAGUCUAUGUGGUGAAAUUGGGUUAUUGGGUUGUUUAGACUAGCUUACUGCCUGCAGCGCUGUACUCCUGCCUGAGCCAAAAGCGUCUUAUGCUGCCAAGUUGUUUUAUUAUGUUUUCUAUUCAUUUUAUUUAGCCUUUGUAAAGAAAACAGUAUCAGUGAUGCUCAUUUUAAUGAUAUACACAGUAUAUUCACAUGAAGUUAUAAUGAUGUUUUUAUAAUUUCCUAACCAUGAGGAUACGGGGAGUAGGUUAUCAUUAGCACUUUAAUCUUGGUGGAACUAACCCUUUAGCUCUGCGUAGUUGUUCUUCCAUACUCGCUGAGCUUCUAAACUCUUAGAACUUAAACGUUUGUGCCUUUAACAAUAAUAAUAAAAGCUGAAUUUACCAUUUUUACACAAAUGAAAUCAAACCACAGAAGGAAAUGAUCAACUGUUUUACACAUUAUUUUACGGAUGUAGAAAUAACUUGUUAUUAUUUGGUUGUUUUGCACUUUAAUAAACUGAUAAUUGAUUUAA